AUGUCCUUUCCCUACCAGUGCCUUAUCGCUCGCGAGUCAACUGAAACAGGGCCGGGAGGGUGGACACUUUUCGGUGCAUGUGGCUCGACGCUUGUUGCACAGUCUAGCAGUGGAGGUACCUCGACUUGGUCGAAGCCAGACGAUCCUACAAUCGCACCUCAGCCAGACGAAGAAACAGAUGGACCACCAGAGAAGAAAGUCAAGCUGUCCGAACCACCAAAACAGCGAAAGGCCAACUUCUCCAACUUGAUCGUCUCUCACGAUGGGAAGUACGUGGUUGGCGUCACCGGCGAGGACAAGUGCAUCCGAGUUUUCGAGACCGACAUCCGGAACCAACUACGGCAACUCAGCGAGAGAUGCAUGACAAGAAGGCCUUGCUCAAUAACUCUGACAUCAGAUGACUCAACAAUCCUGUGCGCCGACAAAUUUGGAGAUGUAUACUCCCUACCUCUGCUUCCAUCGCCAGACUAUCAGGUACCUGAAGCUCCAGCACCGGAACCGACUGAAGAAGCAGAGUGGGUUCCGUCCGCGACUGUGCUUACAGUCCACUCUGGGAGGAACCGAAAGACUCUAGAAGAUCAACUCAAGCAGAAGAAGAAAGGUCCGGCGCCUCCCAAAGACGUUAUGACCUUUGAACAUCGGCUUCUUUUGGGUCACGUCUCAAUGCUCACGGAUAUUGUCAACGUCAAGGUAGACACCCGCAGCUACAUCAUCACAGCUGACCGAGAUGAGCACAUCCGCAUCAGUCGGGGAUUACCGCAAGCUCACAUCAUCGAAGGCUUCUGCUUUGGCCACGAGGCGUUCAUCAACAAAUUGUGCCUCACCCAGUCGGAUCGUCUUGUGUCUGGCGGCGGAGACGCAGAGCUGUACGUGUGGGAUUGGCAGAACUUCAAACUUCUUGAAAAAUUGCCUAUUUUGGAUGUUGUGGCGAGCCACCUCAAAGGCCGUUCUGACCUCGCAAUUGGAGAUGUUUCCAAGGUCGCCGUAUCUGGUAUCUGGAGUGUGCCAGGCCAGGAUGAGAUCCUUGUUGCAUGUGAGGGUGUUCCGGCUUUGUUCUCGUUCAUGAUUGGUGCGUCAGCGAGUUCUGGCAAGGCGAUAACACUCAAGGGCAACGCGCUCGACAUUGCUUUCCUGCCGACAACUCAAGCAUCGUCAACGCUCGUGGUCUCCAUCGAUCACGUGUACAAGUCAGGCUCCACCAAGGAGGUCCGUGAAGACAGGGAUGUGUCUCGUUUACAUUGCUUCUCUACUCAAGGGAACGGCGACUGGCAGGAGGACUCUCACACAUUGGAAGCAUUGAGGUCUUUCCAUGACCAGGUGUUCGACGUCGAGGUGGGCGCAAGUGGCGGCGAUUUUAGCUCGGGUCUGGGGUCGGCGGAUGAUAAAGCACUGCGAGACAUGCUCUACAAUGUGGAGAAUCUUAGAAAGCGUCCAGGCGCGGAGGACUAG